GUACAGAGACCACAGAGCUGGGUAGUAGCUGUGAACAGCAUUUAGUGCUGUUACUUUUUAGCAAUCCCAAUGAAGUGUUUGUAGAGAAUACACUGAUCCUGCCUGCAAGCUUUUUGCACGGCAGAGGUAUUGAUCAGUGUAAAGUGAAGAUCACAUUUCAUAUGAGAUCUUGACUUUUGUUGUUUUUUUUCUUACAAUAUAUUUUUAUAGACUUUGUUAUAAAACAUGGUGCUGGGGAAGGUGAAGAGUUUGACAAUAAGCUUUGACUGUCUCAAUGACAGCAAUGUCCCCGUCUAUUCUAGUGGGGACACAGUCUCAGGAAGGGUCAAUUUAGAAGUUACUGGGGAAAUUAGAGUAAAAUCUCUUAAAAUUCAUGCAAGAGGACAUGCAAAAGUACGCUGGACAGAAUCUAGAAAUGCUGGAUCCAACACUGCCUAUACACAGAAUUACACUGAAGAAGUAGAAUAUUUCAACCAUAAAGACAUCUUAAUUGGGCACGAAAGAGAUGAUGACAAUUCUGAAGAAGGCCUCAACACUAUUCAUUCAGGAAGGCAUGAAUAUGCAUUCAGCUUUGAGCUUCCACAGACACCACUUGCUACCUCAUUCGAAGGCAGACAUGGCAGUGUGCGCUAUUGGGUGAAAGCCGAAUUGCACAGGCCUUGGCUUUUACCAGUAAAAUUAAAGAAGGAAUUUACAGUCUUUGAACAUAUAGAUAUCAACACUCCUUCAUUACUGUCACCCCAAGCAGGCACAAAAGAAAAGACUCUCUGUUGUUGGUUUUGUACCUCAGGCCCAAUAUCCUUAAGUGCCAAAAUUGAAAGGAAGGGCUACACACCAGGUGAAUCAAUUCAGAUCUUUGCUGAGAUUGAAAACUGCUCUUCCCGUAUGGUGGUGCCAAAGGCAGCCAUUUAUCAAACCCAGGCAUUCUAUGCCAAAGGAAAAAUGAAGGAAGUAAAACAGCUUGUUGCCAACUUGCGUGGGGAAUCCCUGUCAUCUGGGAAAACAGAAACCUGGAAUGGGAAACAGUUGAAAAUUCCACCUGUUUCCCCCUCUAUCCUUGACUGUAGUAUAAUCCGUGUAGAAUACUCACUAAUGGUGUACGUUGAUAUUCCUGGAGCAAUGGAUUUAUUCCUUAAUUUACCACUUGUCAUUGGUACUAUUCCUCUACAUCCAUUUGGCAGCAGAACGUCAAGUGUAAGCAGCCAGUGUAGCAUGAAUAUGAACUGGCUUGGUCUGCCACUGCCUGAAAGACCCGAAGCACCUCCUAGCUAUGCAGAAGUGGUCACAGAGGAGCAAAGGCAGUCCAGCCUUGUACCCAUAGCUGCUUGUGAUGAUUUUGAGAGGGCACUUCAAGGACCAUUAUUUGCAUAUAUCCAGGAGUUUCGUUUUCUGCCUCCACCUCUCUAUUCAGAGAUUGAUCCAAACCCAGAUCAGCCCACAGAUGACAGACCAUCUUGUCCCUCUCGUUGAAGGAAUCAUUCACUAGCUGAGUUGAUUUGGAUUUUUAGUUGUAUCUCUGCCAUGUUGAGGAUCAAGGCGUCAUAUCAGAGAUAUACUUUCAAAGGAAGUGGUAUUGCUCUUGCCUGUAAAACGGUGAAUAAGUGAAAACAACCUGUGAUCAUGCUUUUGAAGCCUACAACAUCAUAGGACCUGCUCCACAUGCUUGAAGACCUGAGCUUUUUUCCCUUAAAUACUGGCACAUACUAUGAGCAGCCUUAUUAGCCUAUGGUAAUAUGUGUCAAAACACUCACCAUGUUGUAAAAGAGAGGGAUGACGACGUCCUCUUCUGAUUUGAAAAUUUGCACAUGCACAUUGCUUAUGUUGUGCGGUUCAGUGUCACUACAGCUUUUUCUCAUUUAUGCUGGACUGUUACCCCUUCUAACUUGUUUGUGGUCCGCACAACAAGAGGCAAAAAGAAAGCUUUGAAAAACAGUAACUUUAAGAUGACAAAUGCACUGACUUUUUUUCUUUUAAUUUAAUGUAGCCUGGACUUUACCUACGUAUGCACAUGCUCAGAAUUGUCCCAGUAGACUGAUCAUGUUAUCACCUCUUCAGCUGUGGAUUUAUUUACGAACAUCAAAUGCCUUCAAGCCAAUCCUUCUUGCUGUAUGUUUUGCAGCCUACUGUAGUAGAUACGCAACAGUUAUAUGGAAAAAAAUUAACAGGAGAAUAAUAGACUUCUGCAAGAUUGUAUACCUUCUUGAUUUCUUUUAAGAAUUUGUUGCCUUUCUACUAUUACCGCAAAGAAGCAUUUUGUUACAGACUGCCUAAAAUCACUUAAUCUCAGGUGAACUCAUCACUUGCCAAACCGUUGGAAAGCUAUGUGUGUUUUGUUAUGUUGCACUGUUACUUUUCCUUUGUUUUUUUUUUUCCUUUGUUUUUUAUUUGA